AUGUCAUCGACCAGUCGCGACGCGAGAUAGGGUUCUCACCUCUACCUUUCUUCUCCUCCGCACAAACGAAUCGCUGCAAUUAUCCCCCAGACUUGUUCUAGAAAAUGCAGAAACCACAGCGUGAUAUCCCUAAAGUUUUGUCAGCUCUGACCACCCGCAAUCCCGCCGAUUUGCAGGACACUGUAACCAGAUUCUACACGCACGACGCCUCUUUGCGCCACCCUCUCAGCAUCGUGAGCAUGGAACAAACUCAAAGGAGAAGAUUAUCCCCCGACGCUACCAGUAACGUGAAUUCAGCGUCAUACGACAUUAAAAGUAAAGUUCUUAUCGCUGAUGUCACACGGCACUCCGGUGUUAGAUUCAGCCCGUUCAAGGUAGCCCCGUCUCGCCACAUGAUCCGUCUUGAACUCCAGGAGCAUGAUGGGCUAUACUAUAUCCUAUCAGAAGAAGACCUCGUCCACUCCACGGACUUGAUGAAUUCACUUCUGCCGCCUCUGGCUCCACUCGUCCAGCUCGUGCUUAUCUUCUUCGCGUUUAUGGCGGUUGCGGGUUCGAAGGUGUGGUUCUCCAGCUUGCUCCUGUCGGAGAAGCUCUUCGGCAUGGGGAGCGAUACCCAGAGAGGCAAAACGAAACCGGGCUCAAAGAAGUUCACGCAAGCUGAAGACCAAGAGACGGAAGGGAAGUCUAUGCAAAACGGCUCGUCCGGAGGUAAAGCCAAAAAGUGAACACUUGCGCAGCACACUUCAGUUGGGUCUCGAGUCCAUCAGUUUCAUAAUCAUUUGCAGCCGUACUUCAUACACGAUCAGGACACUGUACUUUAUCACCAAUUGUAUUUUUGACGCAGUCAUGAUAGGGG